AUGAGGCCGCACAUUCGGAAAGCUGUCGCUACCACUGCCUUUUUAAUAAUUCUAAGGCUUGCAAAAAAAAGAAAACAGAAAACUAAACGUUUUUGGAUUAAACUCUUAUACAAAAAUAGAUUACAGGCUGGGAACAGAUUAUUUGAAGAGUUGUGCUUCGAUGACGAAGAAAAAAAUUUCACUCGAAUGAGUAAAAUCGAAUUUGACAAUGUGUAUUCUCUCAUAAACGCCAAAAUAAGCAAGAAGGACACAAAUUUUCGAGAAGCAAUAUCCGCUAGGGAAAGAUUAUUAGUGACGUUGAGAUUUUUGGCCACAGGAGAUUCUUAUACCAGUCUACAGUAUCUAUUUCGUAUAUCAAAACAAAGGAUAUCGGUUAUAGUUCCUGAAGUCUGUGAUGCUAUAAUUGAGGUGUUAAAGGAUUAUGUUAAGAUACCAUCAUCCGAAGAAGAGUGGCUUACCAUAGCGAAAGAGUUUGAGAGCAAAUGGAAUUUCCCACAUGUCAUAGGAGCAAUGGAUGGGAAGCAUGUUAUAUUACAGUCGCCGAUAAAUAGUGGCAAUGAUUAUGACUGUUACAAAAUGUUUCCAAGUAUAGUGCUGUUUGCUUUAGUUGACGCUAACUAUAAAUUUCUGUACGUAGACGUUGGCAGCAAAGGACGUAUAUCAGAUGGCGGUGUGUUUAAAAAUACCAAUUUAUAUAAAAAGGUCGAAAAGAAGGAAUUGAACAUUCCUUCACCAGAAAUAUUACAAAUACCGUAUAAAAUUGCAGUGCCCUAUUUUAUUCUAGGCGAUAAAGCUUUUGCUCUCAAUGAUUACACAUUGAAACCUUAUGAAGGUACUCCAGAAAGAGGUUCAAUGGAAAGGAUUUUCAAUUACAGGCUGUCCAGAGCAAGAAGAGUUGUGGAGAAUGCCUUUGGCAUUUUAAGCUCCGUUUUUAGAGUACUGAGGAAGCCGCUACUAUUAGAACCAGAAAAAGCUACGAAAGUCGUAUUGACUACCAUAUGCUUAUAUAACUACUUGCGUAGAGAUUUAGCUUCCUCACAAAGGUUCACUCCCCCAGGAUCAUUCGAUGCCGAAGUUGAAGGGACAGUAAUACCCGGCCGAUGGCGACAGGAUACAGAAAUGUCAUCAAUGCUAUCUAUUCAAGCCAUACCACGGCGAGGAUCAACAAAUAUAAAAGAAAUACGUUCACAUUUAGGGAGACAUUUCAUAACAAACGGAGCAAUUUCUUGGCAGAAUAAUUAUCAGUAAAUAAUAGGUACUCACUUCUUCACCUAAAGUAUCUUGUGUAUUUCCUGGGUGAUUUCUAUCUCCUAGAAAACUGAAGGCUUCAUAGGCAUACCAAUUCGAAACAUAUAUUUCACCACGACCUGCAGUAUAAAAUUAAAAAAAAUAAUAUUAGAAAUAAUAUUAGAAAUAAUAUAAAAACCGAUGUAACUUUGAAUAUAAUAAAAUGAAUGUUGUUAACCCUAAUCAUAAACAUUAAAUAAUAAAUACCUGAUCCUGUGAUUCGGCUUUUUUUUUCUCUCGACUUUUCCCUCCUGUAAGACCCUAGUAAAGAGUCCAUUUUUUUCUUUAAUUCAGCUAUUGGAAGGUUCAUUUCCUGGCUUAUUUUUCUCCAUGCAUCUUCCCUUAGUCCUCUAUUUGUGUAAUCAGGACAUUGCGCAUCCCAAAGUCGUCUAUAUUCACCAUAUAGUCGUAUUAAUUUAAGACACUGUUCUUUAUCCAUGACGCACAACUAACACGCAACGAAUAAGCGAGGCAAAACACUACCGUCUUGAGUGAGCGCGGCAAACGUACUGAGGCGCCUUUGAACAUCGACAAAAACCGACAACGUUCGGCUCGGGCCGCGGCACGCUCGGGCGAGGCAGCGCGUGCGUUUGCCUCGGGCGAGGCACGUCUUGACCGACCGAGGAUUUGCCUCGCGAGGCAGCCUCGCGAGGCUGCUCGCUCAGUCAGUACGCGGCUAUU